UAAAAGCUAGGAAAACGCCGUGUGUGACGCUUGGGUUUCAGAAUGUGCCGGUGUGGAGAGUUAACGAAAGUGUCCUCCCCCGUGACUUUAAACUCGCCCGGAUAUCAUUGAGUCACGCAUAAUGUGCGUCCCCCCCUUGUGGCACCCUCUCUGAUUGUGAUUCAUUUGUACAUUUGAAUAACGUGCUCGGCAGGACUGCGUGCUGAGGUUAGGGGAACAAGACGCGCGAGGACAACACAAAAGACGGCCUGGGGCCCGCCACGACAGCACGGGAAACAUCAACCACGGGCUGCUAGGGAGAAAGCAUGUGCUUGUUUUCCCGUAGUGUUUGCCGUUUGGAUGCUUUACAUUUCCUACAACUGUUUCACAGCUGAAUAGAGGCGGCCGGGAGUGUUUAAAGUACCCGCAGGACGCCACAGUCCCCGCAGCCCCGAGCUAGUGAAAGGGAGAACAACGCUUCCCAGUGAUUGACACUGACCCUCAGGAAAUUGACUGGGAGGAAUCGAUUUCUAACAGCCGUGGAAAUUGGGACGCGGCGGUAUAUUACCGGACUGACGACGCCCCUCUCCAUCCUCCAGCAGCCGGUCCCGACCACGUGGGCAGAGGGUGGCUACUACUACUACAGUCUCCUGGGAACGUGAAUCUGUUUAGGGCUUGUCUCCGUAAAUCAGACUAUCCCCUGGGAACGAGAACGUAAGGGAGGGUCGGCGGCUUAUAACGUGACAGCUGCUUAUUUGCCCCCAUUGUGUAUCUGCCCAACCUCCUUGAUCUGUCUAACAGCGCAGUGGGCUUACCUCAAAAAUCGUUAGAGUGACGGACCUGUAUUAUCUUCAGACCGUUAGAGAGGACUUUCAGGAAAAACUAGAUAAGAACAGGCCCCUUUCGUCAGCCCGCCUGGAUCAAAAAGGACUUGGAGACCAACACUUCCCGCCGAGAUCGAAGCCCGAUCGAUUUGUGACAGACGAGCUACAAGCCCUUUAUGAAAAACCUAAUCAACCAGUGAUUUAGUCUUCGCAAUGGAGGAUAUGGCAGGGCGACGUGUAUUGAUGUGCGUGUGCUUUCUGGCUAUGGUCGCGGGAGCCCUUUCGUGUCCGGAACUGUGUUUCUGCCUUCCAGGGGACAAGACCGUCUUGUGCGACAGUAAGGGGCUCACCUCCCUCCCCAACGGUAUUCCGGAGUCAGUCACCCUCCUGCGAGUCACCAACAACAACCUCACCGUCCUGGAUCCCGACGUCGUCCGAAGACUGCCGAACCUACUGGCCUUCUACGUCGACGAUAACCAAAUAAGGCAACUACCGAAUCUACUUCCCGGUGCAGCCAACCUGAACACGUUGUCCAUUCGUGGGAACUACAUCUCUUCCAUUCCGCCAGCGUUUCUGAACGAGUCUAUCACCCUGAACCGACUGUACUUGUCGGGAAACCAGCUCUCCCGAGUUCCCAUUGACGCCUUGCGGGCUGUAAGAGAGACCCUGACGAUCUUAGACCUCAGCGACAACCCAGUAGUAGUCAAACCUGGAGACUUUUCUAUUCUCAUCAACUUGAAGUUUCUAAAACUCGCCGGCGUUUCUCAAACGUUCCUCCCAGAGGGAACACUAAACGGCCUGGAGGCUUUGACGUAUUUGGACAUUUCCAUGCCAAAUCUUCGCUCCAUUCCCAAAACAGAGCUAGCCGGCUUGCGCGUCCUUCAGGAACUGGUGGCGGAGCGGACGUCCAUAUCGGCGCUGAGUGACGGGUCGUUCCCGCGUCUUCCAACAGUCCGCCGUCUCAAAAUGGACAACUCAGUCAAACUUCGCGCGCUCAACGACAGGGCGCUCUCUGGCCUCGUCAAUGUCGAAACUGUCACGUUCCGAAACUCGCCGUUGUUGUCCUUUAUCGAGGAGGGCGCGUUCUCGGGCCUGGCAGCGGUGCGUGAACUUGACCUGAGGUCAUGCGGACUCAUGGCGCUGCAGGACCGCACGUUCCUGCCCGUGGCCAGGACUCUAGAAGUCCUGUACCUGGGCAGAAACCCGUUCUCCUGCGACUGUCGUAUGAAGUGGUUCGGGCGGUGGUUGCAGCAGGCGGUGGCCACCUACGCUCUCGACUCGGAAGAGAUCGUCUGCGAGCGCGCCAGCUACCCGGAAGCGUUGAACAGCACCGUGCUGAACAUCCCCAUCUCCAACUUCUCCUGCGUCGUGCCAACAGUUGUCGACUUGACCCCGACCACGACGGUCCUCACCGGCGACUCCAUGGAACUGGUCUGCCGGGCAGACGGCUUGCCUGACCCGGUGCUGGUCUGGAACACUCCGCAAGGCAGCUUUAACGCAACCUCCUUCAACCUGACCGCCACCGGUGUGGCCGCGACUCUGUACCUGGGCGACAUCUCGCCCGACAAUGACGGGAACUACACAUGUAUAGCUCGGAGCGACCAGGGCAAGUCCCAAAACUCCAUGACACUAACUGUCCUACCACAACAAAUCGUAGGCGGCGCUCCUUCCAAUUCUAUUGUUGCAGUAGCGACGUUGUACUGUGCAGUGAUUUUGGCCAUUUUAGUCAUGUAAUAUUCAACGUGGGCAGCUGUUACCUACAUUGACCUAUUCAUUCCCGACCGUCAAUCAUAAAAUAUGCAUGUACGUAAUACACCUUGGUGUAAAAAUGUGAACUGUAAUCCCCAGGGUUCAUAGGGUGCCGGCAGAGUGACAUCAAUCACAAUAGACCGCACAUGUUACUAGAAAAAAUCUCUCUGUACAGAUUUUUAAAAGAAAAAAUCGUAAUGGAGGUAUAUUUGAUUUUGAACACAUAUUUACUGUAUAUGAACUCAUAGCUGUUUGUGGUGAAUGUGAAAUUAGGCUCGGAUGUGAGUCUGGCCCAUUGUUGAUGUCCGUGCAAUUGUGUGGAAAGUAGAUGGCACAGCAGCCAGUAGAAGGUACGCUGGGUACUAGACUAUUUUGUACCGGCUUAGCUCUAACGCUCAUGGAAACAUUCCGGUUGGGAUGACUGACUAGUGCGGCCCUUCUACCUCCUGGAAAUGUUUCUAACAAGAAAAAGAGAUUUCAAUUUUUCUCGUUUUUACGGAAAAAACAAACUUGGAAGGGAAACCAUAGGAUGGCCAAACCAAGGAGGUCCGUAUUCUAAACCUCUUCGUCCGAACAAAAAUCAAAGCAAUAGAUCUUGUGAUUUUUUGUCACGCGAUAUUUGACAAGAUCUCUCAUUUCCUUCCAUCUGAUACGGCUCCAUUGGGUAAAAUGGGUAAAAACAGCCAUCCUUGAAUAUCUGUCAAAACCUUGCUGUUAAAAACAUGGUUUCUUGAUAGCUGUGUAUAUGUAUGUACCAUGCAGUGAAUGAAAGGACUUAGGUGCAGUCAUAGUUAAACUUUCCACAGUGAGAUUUUUGGACCAUCAACAGGAAAUAUACAUUGUAUAAAUCGUGAUAAAAUACAGAAAUUUGACAUACUUAGUAUCGUCUGACAACAAUGCGUUCUGUCAUACACGUAAAUAAAACAAAUUAAUGUGUACCUGAAUGCACCUGCUCCUAGAGCUACAGUCAUUAAGCACAGAACGUAGAAGUACCGAAUUUGUAGUGUAGAUCUGCUAAUUUUGGACAGUGUUGUAAAUUGAAACCAGUUUUGUAUUUUAUGGAUGCUGCUGUUAGUUUCUCAGCACGCCACCCUUGCCAUUACAGUUGAAACCAUUACACGUCAGUCAGGAAUGUCAAAGAUUCAUGUCAAUCAUAUAUGGGUUGAACCAUCUAAAAUAUGUGCGACAAAAGGGGAAGUAUUCCUAUGUUAGCUCACAGACAGCCUUUAAAUGGCGACUAUUGUGAGAGGUUACCAUGAUGUUUAAUAAAUGCCAGUAUUAUUUCGGUACCUUACAAAUAAAGAAUGAUGUAAGAUGACUAUGA